AUGCCACUUUCGAUACUUGGCCGCGAAUACCAAACUAUUCGCGCCUGUCCACAAGUGGGCAAGCAAGUGAGCUAUAUAUCUCUCUGGCGGUCCUCUGCCAGCAGCAAUGAUAUGGUAGUCGAGGUAAAGGAACCACAAUCGAAAACUGACAAGCUGAUGGCUCUCCAGAAGAAGUUACGCGCCAAGACGCCUUUGGGCAAAUUGGAUGAAUUUUCGCGUCAUCCCUAUCAGGAGAAGGAACCACUUAAACCCUGGCCCAAUCAAACAAAUCCUUAUACUGGCGAAAUUGGUGGACCCUCUGGACCGGAACCCACACGCUAUGGUGAUUGGGAGCGCAAGGGACGUUGCUCAGAUUUCUAGUACUUAACCAAACAACAAAUUGUUCCUUAGACUGUAGCUAGGCCAUUUUUUUAAUGUUUAUGUUAAGCAAAAUUUAUUAAUAGAUUAAAUAUU